UACUUAAAAUCUUAUUACAUCUCUCCGAUUAAAAGUCCUUUUUAAAGUGAAAAUUAACAAAAUUGAACCAACAAAAUGAUGUCCCUUAUGCGAAAAUAUGGCUUUGAAGCCGAUUUUUUUGUUGAGGAAGAAGAAGAAGCAGAAGAAGAAGAAACCCCAGAAGAACCGGAUCAUGUCGAAGUCAAAUUAAAAACCGUUUUCGGAUUACGUACAGAUGUGAUUGGGAAUGUGGAUUUUUCCAUAAACCAGGAACUCAUCUACCCUGUAGAGGGAUUAAUUGUUAUGCACAAUGUUGUAUCGAAUGAACAGAAAUUUAUGUAUCUUCCAGAUCGAUGCAAGCUAAUAUUCAUUAAAUUGUCUUAUACAAAGAAGUGUUUAGCAACAAUUGAACAGUAUUUCAGAUCCCUUUUAAUUGGCAUCUAUGAUUUAAGAACUUUAGAGAGACGCAAAGAAAUUCCAAUACCAAGAACUUUCGGAGUAAGACGCAUUAUAGAUGUAACUUUUUCACAUGACUCGAGAUAUCUGUAUAUACUUACUGAAGCCGAAGAAUAUCUCAUACUUAUGCUACCACUAACCGAAACGGAUUUUUUUAUUGAAGGUUAUCCAAGCUGUCCAGGUUAUCAUAGCGCCAUAGUUUGCAUAUCAAGUGAUCCCUCUAUGGGUACUCGAAUUGCAGUCGGAGCAGAGUUUUAUAUACUUAUAAUGACCAGAGAACCUAAAUCAGAUGAACUGACUAUCACACAAACUAUACGCUUAGAUUUCCGUACAAUCAGUAUGUCGCAUUUCUAUAGCGGCUGCUUGAUAAUCGGCACUGACAACAAUGAAAUCAUUUUGAUUGUAAAUGGGAAAAUAAAAAAUCGUCAAAAUGCUCAUUAUGCGGAAUUACUGGACUCGUAUUUAACUCAACCACAACUAGAACAUGAAAGACUUAAAUAUGAAUUACAAGAUCCAAAAUUUGUCAUAGAAGAAAAGAAAGUUUUGCAUAUGUUCAUACAUAGUACAGGAUUGGCCUACGCUAUUGGUCAUCGAGUAUAUGUAUUUGAAAAAGUUGCAGUUCACAAAUAUGAACGUAAGACCUUGCUGACGGUACCACGCACAAUGUAUGAUGAAACAUUUAGUCCAAUACAUGCCUUGACUAUUGAUGACAGGAAAGAGACUGUUGUAGUUACAUGCCAACACCCGCAGAUCUAUAUUGGUAUACAUAUAGUACCAGAAUCUCUAAAAACUAAACGUGUGGACUUCGCACCACUUGGCGCUUUAUUGCAUGAAAAGGAAAUAACAUGCGCUGCGGUCUGUACAUGGAAACCUGUAAUUAUGACAGGAAGUAAGGACUUUACUGUACGAAUUUGGAACUAUAAGUCAUGCAAAGUGGAGGUUUGCUGCAGAUAUGACGAUGCAAUUCGAGAUGUAGCACUCAAUAAUACUGGAUAUUUAGCAGCUAUGGCCUUUACUAAUGAGGUCAGAUUAGUACAAAUAUUUGUUGAUGAUUAUCUGCCUGUAAAAAAGUUUCACUUUCCCAUGUGCAAUUCUAUUAAAUAUGCAAACUAUGGACACAUUUUAGCUGCAGCCUAUGGAAACACAGUGUCUCUGGUAUCACCGUAUUUAUUUCAUGUGGUACAUCAUCUCAGAGGAAAUAAUGGCAAUGUCAUGGGAAUUUCUUGGACCGUCGAUGAUAGAGGUAUUGUUUCGUGUGCAGAUGAUGGAAUGAUAUGUUAUUGGAAUGUGAUGAAUGGUCAAGAAAUUUACAAAAUUGAAACGAACCAAUCAUUUCGUGCAGUAUGUAUUACAACAGCUUUGCCGGAAACGAUUUAUGCAGCUUCACAAACUGGCUCUAUACACGUCUUUCAAAAUAAAAAGAAAAUUAAUGAAGUGCGCGUUCCAAUGCGUAAACGUCCUCUUCCUUUGGUUGAUAUAGUGAUGUUUCGCUCAGAUCAAAUGUUGUUUGCUGUAAAUAGCAAAGGAGAAUUCUAUACAAUAGGGCUGCCACUUUUUAUGUAUAACGAACCAUGUUUCAGAGUUAAAUUAUUCGUAACACGGUGCAAUCGAAUUCUACUUUCAUAUGACGGUUUGUUGUUAAUAGCGAUAACCGAUGGUGGAACUCUGGUUGUGUGUUCAUUAGAAAACAUAGAAGAACGUUUAGUACCUGUCGAUGAAGUUCUAUUGCACAGAGAUGACAUUGUAAUACCACGAAAAGAGGUGCUGAAGCAAAGAAAAAAUAUUAAGUUUCUAGAAACGAAGUUAAAGAGAGCACAACGAGAAUAUAUGAUGCAAAUAUUGCAAUGCGAGAAAACGGAUAUCAAACAUUUGAACAAAGUACAUCGCAGCUACUGUACAGCGGUUACGGAAUUGAGAACCACAAACAUAGAGCUAGAAAGGCGACAGCACGAGGAGUUAACUCAGGUUAACUAUCAAUUAGAUUGUAUAAGACACGACCAGGCGAAAGAAAUGACUGCUUUAAAUGAACACUACACCGAUCGAAUGAUGGCUGAAACAACAAAAUUUAACAAUUUACGUGAUGAAUUACUAUCUCUGCGUGAUGAAUAUGGCACAAAGUUACUUAAUGCGGAGAACACAUUAAUCGAUACAAUACCUGAAUUUCAGGAGGAUUUCAAGAAAAAACUUGACCAUCGCAGAGUACUACUGCGUGAAAUGAUGAAGCUAAUAAAUGACAAAAAAAUUGAAUUUUUUGAUUAUUGCCGUGUUACUGAUGAUCGAAAUUACAAAAUCUUAAUUCAAACGCAGGUUGAUUUCGUCGAAGAGUUAAAGCGACAGAAGAAUAUACGUCGUGCCACACAUGCCGAACAUGACCUGCAAGAGGAAAUAUUCCACAGAUUUACAUCGCGUAAAGAAAUGAUGGAGAGAAAAAUUCAAAUGGGCAAAGAACUAUACGUAACCUACGCCGAACUAAAGGAAACAUUGACAAAAAAAUAUCUGGCGUUACAAAUUGAUUAUAAUGAUCGAGAACAUGCCAUAGAUCAAAAAGAAUUUCGUAUAGUUGAACUUGGGGAAAAAAAUGAAAGUUUGGAAAAAUUCAAAUACGCUUUAGAUGAGAAAAUCAUUGAACUGCAUAAAGCUAUUGCGCCCAAGGAUGUUCAAAUUGCCGAAAAAAUUAAACAUAUUUUGGAAAUGGAGCACGAAUUGAUUGGUUUGCAUUAUAGCAAUGAACAUUUACAUUUGCAAUUAGAUGAAGUGAAGACCAGAGACAUGAGUUAUAAAAAGGAGCUUGCAACUGAAAAGCAUCGCACGAGAGGGGCACGUCAAUGUUAUGCCGAUAUAUUAACGAAUAUAUUUGAUGUCAAUAAAACAAUAGAAGAUCCGUUGGAAUUAAGAAGAGAGGUUAAAAAGUUCUUUGAACGCUAUGCAAAUGAUAACGUUUUGCAUGAGUAUCUAGCAGUCAUACCAGAAGAAAAAGACUAUUUUCAGAGAAAUCGCGUUUGUAUAGAGAAUAUAGUUAGGUCUAACGACAACGUCCAAAGAGAGUUAGAUGAAAAGCCUAUGGUAAAGAAAUUUAAAAGAGAAAGACGUCUUCUAAGACGCGAACUUAGAUGUCUAAGGUCUAUAAAUAAAGUGCUACAAGAAAAUCCAGAAGAUGAGAACCUUUUCGACAUACUUGCAGCCUUAACACAUAAGCUACAUCGAAAAUAACUUAAAUUCUAAUUAAUAAUUUAUUUUUAUUUUCUUUUAUUUCAUUGACAUUUGUAUCAGAGUCUAAUAAAAUUC